AUGCUGGACGAGACUGGAGGUGUGCCCUUGCGCUUUGCCUUGGUGCAGCGUGGUGGAGCGGCCCACGAGGUGACUCUGCAUGGGACGGAGGUAGCGUUCUUGGGCCGGGCCCCGAAGAGCGCCGUCGUGGUCAACGAGUCAAGGAUACAGAUGCCAGACAUGUCGGCAUCGGAGUCAUCCGCCACCGGACAGCCUGUGCAGCCACCGCCCUUGGAGGUUGCCUCGGGCGAGUCUGAGGUGAAGGAUGAGGAGCCCCAUGGCCUUGGCCGGAAGGUCGCGAGAUUUUUCGGCAACGUGGGCUAUCGUGUCUUCGACAACAUGAGCUUUGUUGGCGAGGUCCUCGUCGAGUUCCUCGAGUUGGACAAGCAUCCGUAUCAGCGCGAGAUGGACGAAAUGCGCAGGCAGCAGCGCCGUCGGAAAGAAGCGCAGCAGCAGCAUGAGGCCGAAGCCAUCGCAUCCCUGGAGGAGGCGGCGGGGCCAGAGACAGCUGAGGACGCUAAAGGUGUUUCAUCCGCACACGUGGAGUUCUCGGCCGGGCGCAUUGGCAACGGAAAGCCCCGUGCCAAGAGCUGCAGCCAGCUUGCAAACCCGCCUGGCAUACACACCAACACUUGCGCCUUCGUCCAACUGUCCGACUUGCACAUCCACAGAGAAGGAUGUCUGGUUUGCUGCGAGCUCACUCUCUACGGCGAUCUUCCAAUGCGCUCAUGGCUCAGGCACUCCCAGCGUACGGCGGGCGACGCCGGCAAGCUGAUUGGACAUGGUUGGGUUGGCGGCUGGCUGAGUGCACUCGCGGCAGAGCGGCCAUUUCGAAUGCCCGGAACGCAGGUGCUCACUGCCGAGCUGUUGCAAGAAGCCUCCGACGAGACAUCGAACUCGGUGAUAGCAUCUUUGCAGGCACUGCCCGGCUUUCAGUUGUUGGCAAGUUUGGAGGCGGAGGCAGCCAUGUUGCGGGACAAGGAGGACGAAGACAAGCUUGCAAAAGGCGUGGCCGAGGCCGUGGCAAGGGGUGUCUUGCGGGAACACCCUCGAGUGGAACCCGUGUUACCGAUCGAGGCGGAAGGGAAGUCAGUGAGAGUUAUUGCUGAUGAAAUCCGGCUCAAGCUUGGGCGUGCUCCUGAAAACGGAUGUGUAGUGGUUAUACAAGGCAGCAGCGGCACCGGAAAGAGCACUCUCGUCAAGAAGCUCAAGGCUGGCAUGCCCAAGGCUGCAUGCUGGUCAAACGGCAAUGUCUUUCGUGCCCUGACGUUGCUGGCCCUGCAAAUGUGCCCGGGUGAUUUGAAGCCAGAAAAGCUGACGCACCAAUUCCUGGAAACGCUCAUCUCACGCUUGGAGUUCGGCAAGUUCAAAGGAGAAUUCGACAUUCAAAUCAAAGGCUUGGACCAGGAUCUUCUCGUCUCGGAGAUCGCCAAUACUCUGCUAAAAGAUCCCGAAGUCGGCAGCUUCGUCCCAAUGGUCGCCGCAAAGAUGCAGGGUGAGGUGGUGAACUUUGCGGCACAAGCGGCUUGCAAGAUGCAAGCAGCUGGCAUGAAUGUUCUUAUUGAAGGCCGCUCACAGUCUUUGGAUUAUGUCCGGACACCACACCGCUUUGAACUGUUAAUGAGGGAUCCGAUCGCCAUCGGAUAUAGACGAGCCGCGCAACGUGUGGCGGGCGCAGCUCGGGACGAGAUGAUGCGCGAUCCGAAGGAUGUGCACGCAGCCCUCACAUCGGCGUUGUCUCGGCUGUCUGCUCCCGAAAAGAUGCACAGGCAAAGGUCGCAGGGGAAAGCUGGACAAAUUUGUGUUUUGGCGCGGGACAGGUCUCAGAACGGCCCUGGCUUAUGCAAGUUGGGGCCGGACGGUUUCCCUGAUUUGGCCAACAUCCUGCGAUUGGGAGGUCCUCCAGAGGUGCUUGAAGACGGGCAUGUCUUGGUCGUUCCUCUUCGGAGCAAAUGCCGCAAUGUUCGUCAGAACGAGGUGCUGGAGACCAGCCUCUUCCACUUUUAUUCGUACCGUGUUGGCAUUGUGUGGCCUCCGUCUUCGAUCCGCUUGCGGGCCCAAGGAGGAGGAGCCGGGGGGGUUGUUCUGCCAGCACGAGUUCCGGACAAGUUGGGGGAUGACGACAUCUUGCCAGAUUGCUAUGAUUCGGCGUCCGGUGCAGGGAGAUGGAACUACCAGGCGAGGCUCGGCGAGGGCGGACUUGGUGUGGUCUAUCGUGCUUACGACUGCUCCGGAUCGCUCGGUCAUGUGGCAGUCAAGGUGCUGAAGCAUCCACAGCGCGCAUACUGGGGGAAGCAGCACUGUUUUUCCAUGCACCGCGAGAGCCAGUGGUCUUUGCAGAAACUGCACAACACAAAGGACGGCAGAUACUGCGAAUCUGCUGCCAAAUUGUUUGCACGUUACUUGGAGGACUACACUGGCCUGCUUCAAGUCUUUCCAGGAGACUUUGAUGCACGCCGAAAGAAGUUCGAGACUCCAGGAAUGGACUGGGAGAAGGAGGGGCCGAUUGUAUCCGUAGCUUCGCCUUAUGUGGUCAUGGAGCUGGUGGAAGGCGAGCCUCUGCACGUGGCGAUGGAUCGGGAGUGGCCUGGGCCUUGUGGGCCGAGUGGGCACGAUCCACCACCCAUGUCCGUUCACGAGAAGCGCCAGGUGCUGCUCCAGGCAGCACGAGCCCUUGAGUAUCUGGCAACCUUCGGCUUGAUACACCGAGACUUCCGGGGCUGCAACAUGCACCUGGCCGAGCGCGCGACAGAGAGCAGCCCUUGCAAGCUAAAGGCUGGAUGGGACGGGAGGACGGGAUGA